AUGGUGGUGAGUUCUGAGUUGACGAAAGAGAAGGUGAAGGAACACUACGGUUGCUCUGAUCUGGAGGGUAUGGAACUGGAUAACGAUAUCAAUGCCCGGCCGGUAGGGCACUGGGUCGGGCGCAUUGCGAAGGACGAAUUGAUGGCAGUGCCAAGAGAAUCUGGUGCCGGCUACUAUACAGCACUGACAAUGUCAACAUUUGAGAGUCUGGGGUACUACAAGGCAAACUGGGGAAUGGAAGAGCCAAUGGGCUGGGGCAAUCGGAGUGGAUGUGACUUUCUCAAAGGAAAUUGCAAGAAGGAUAACAAGCUA